CCCAAAUUCUGAUCCAAUUUUAUGCAUCAAUCAUUGACAACAGAACGGUACCGAAUCAGCAGACCAAAGCCAAUCUCAUAGGCACCUUCUCUCUCUCUGCAUCAUCUAACCCAUCUGCCACGGCCAGAUCAGACCGUGACGACGACGAAUCAUCCCAAAACACCGGUGCAAAGUAAUCUAGAAGCACGCCGAGCAAAUGAACUACCUCUACCUCGCUUCGCGCCUCGACGCCUUUGUCGCCGUCGGUGACCAUCGCGGUCUACUAGACGACGAGCCCUGAGCGGCUUAGGAGGCUGUUCCAGCAGCUCAAGUCGCAGGAGCUGAAGGGGAAGAUCAAAGAUGAGGGAGGCGACGUUUAAUCUGAUCCCGGAGGAUUGGGGAGGCUAUGUGACGCCGUGGGUGGAAGAGAUUGCCUAGUCGUUUAAGAGCUUGAAGGCUUUGCUGGAGAAUGAUUUUGAGGGAUUCGGGAUUCGGAUCUGAUGCUGAAUCGCCAGACAGAGAGGGAGAGAGAGAGAGAAGGAGGGAUUGAUCAGAUUUUAUGCUGAGGGCAAAAUGGGCAUAGGAUAAAAAAAAUAAUAAUAAUAAGUUAGAGACUUCUAGUUUGUAAUAUAGCUGGGCGCUUUUCGUGGAAUCAUCGUAACCAAAAAGUCAAAUACUGAUUAACCUGACUUUCCAGUGGUCUAAUAAACGUAUAGUCCACUCUUCAUCUAGCUCUCUCAUCAUCUUUAAUAUGUUAUGUCCAUGUCUUCUGUAAUCUAAAUCUAAACUCUGCAACUCUUUGUAUAUCUGCAAGUUUGUUGAAUACUAUUUAUACUGGUUAUCUAUCUCCUGAUUAAUGUCGACAAAUUAUACUGUCGUUAUCGUUGCCGUUGCCGUUACCGCUAUCGUUGCCGCUGCCAUAGCCGUUGUGUUGCCGAGUUAUGCAGAUAAUGAUGCCAUUGCUGUAGUAUUAGUAGUUGUCUUUGUGAUGAUUGCUAUCUUAGUUGUAGUAUAGAGGAAACGUAAUCAGAAAGGUAGCAGCUCUGAUGAUCCAAUCUACACUCAGAUAAAAAAAAAAAAGGGCUUUCCGACACUCACAAUGGACAGUUUUCUAAAUGAUAUGGAAAGAGAGAAGCCCAUCAGGUUUACUUCUCAACAAAUUCGGAUUGCAACUGAUAACUUCACCAACUUGUUGGGUUCAGGAGGGUUUGGUUCAGUUUAUAAAGGUGUGUAUGGUAAUGGAACGCUUGUGGCAGUGAAGGUUCUAAAGGAUACCUCGGACAAGACAAUUGAUGAGCAAUUCAGGGCGGAAGUUAGUACACUUGGCAGGAUUCAUCAUGUCAACUUGGUUCGUCUCCGUGGUUUCUGCUUUGAGAGAGAGCUUAGAGCACUGGUUUAUGAGUAUAUGUCAAAUGGUUCGCUUGAUAAGUUUCUUUUCGACGGAAACAGGAUUUUAGGAUUUGAAAAGCUUCAUGACAUUGCGGUUGGGACGGCUAGAGGGAUUGCUUACCUGCACGAAGUAUGCCAGCAACGAAUAGUCCACUAUGAUAUAAAACCUGAAAAUAUUCUUUUGGAUGUGAAUUUCCUCCCCAAAGUUGCUGACUUUGGUUUGGCCAAGCUGAUCAACAGGGACAAUACUCAUAUAACAAUGACAGGUUGGAGGGGAACUCCUGGUUAUGCUGCACCAGAACUUUGGCUGCGGUUUCCUAUAACCCACAAAUGUGAUGUGUACAGCUUUGGAAUGCUGUUAUUUGAGAUCGUAGGUAGAAGAAGGAACCAUGACCUUAAUCUUCCAGAGAGCCAAGACUGGUUUCCAAGGUGGGGAUGGAAGAAGUUUGAAGCUGGUGAACUAGGAGAACUAAUGGCAGUGUGUGGUAUAGAGGAAAAAGAUAGAGAGGCAGCAGAGAGAAUGUUAAAGGUAGCUAUCUGGUGUGUUCAGUAUAGGUCCGAGUUGAGGCCCUUAAUGAGUGUUGUGGUGAAAAUGUUGGAAGGAGAAUUUGAGAUUCCUAGACCUUCAAUUAAUCCAUUUCAGCACUUGAUGCCAGACAAUCCUAUCAUGGCAGCAUAUAGCACUAGUGCCUCCGACACGGAUUCCUCUCAAACAAUAACUGGAUAUAACAUUGUUCGUGAGACUCCCAUCAUGAAAAAAAACGAGAUUGAAAUAGCGUCUACUUAAGUAGGCUGAAGUAAGUCUUUCCUGAUUCUCUUUCAUUUUCUUGCAAAAUGUCACGUCUCUCAAUUAUGUAUAUUAUAGGCAAAAUAGACAUGUGGUUUUGAUUGUAAAACUCCUCAAACUGUGCUGGUCAGCAGUCAUGACUCAUGACCUGUUCCCCUAUUAUAUAGAACAGUGAGAGUAUGUAUGCAUCCCCUCUCGCAUUCCAUCAAAUGAUGUUGGAAUUUCUUGAAAGUGUCACAAUGUGAACUAUCUGGUUCAGUAUAGAAUGAUUACUGCAUUGCAUUUUUUAAUGAAACUGUGCAAUUGUUCAA